ACAACUCAUCUCUUUUCAUCAAUCCCUUGUUUGGUGUUUGUUGGUUACGGAAUUUGGAUUGAAACUGAAAUAUUGCAAUUAUGGAUGACGAAGAACUGCAGGCUUUGCGAGCAAAACGCAUGCAAGAGCUGCAAGCGCAACGAAAUCCUGGUCUUCAAGGAAAUGACGCAGCUGCAGCUGCUGAAGCAAAAGCUAAAGAAGAAGAAUUUAGAAACCAAAUUCUUACUCAAGUAUUAUCUAAAGAAGCUCGUAGCAGAUUGAGCACCAUAUCAAUUGCGAAACCAGAGAAUGGCAAAAUGUUAGAAAACAUGAUUAUUAACAUGGCUCGUACUGGCCAGAUAAGAUCACAGUUAGCUGAUAAUGAAUUUGUCCAUCUUUUGGAAGAGGUAAAUCGUCAGAUAAAACACAACACACCUACCGUAAAGUUUGACAGAAGACGUACUUGCUUAGAUUCUGAUGAGGAUUAAGGUUGUGUCUGACUUAUUGAUAUGGCUGCUGCUCCCUCCCAAUUGCAUCACUUGUUAAAUAAUUGUACAAUUGAAUUCAAAGUCAUCUUAUUUGUGUCUGUGACAAAUAUGUGUUUGCUGUGCAGGUCUUAAAAGAAAUUGCCACGCUCAUUUGUAUUCAAAUCGAAACUAAUGCUCUGUUAAUGAAAUCAUCACAAUUACAAAACUUAAUAUUGUCACUGUUUUUGUUUUUUUGUAACAAUGAUGUUUAAAACUUAAUUAGUGAAUAAACUAUACAUUUGUACAGUUUAUGUAAAAUAAACUUUUUUUUACUCUGA